CUGAGGCAUCAACAACGCAAAAAGGGAAACCGAAACCGAAAGGGAAACAACCAACUCUGAACCGAUUCGGGGCUAAUCACUCUCAAAAGGACAUUACAACAGUAGCAAACAUGUGGCUAACCUUGAUCACGGGAACUUUGAUCCUGCUCCUCACCUGGGACUUUAGACGCAAGCGCCAACGAGUCCUCGCCUUCAAGAAGUCAGGGAUCCCGGGACCCAUUUCUAUUCCGAUUCUGGGCUGUGGUCUCCAGGCACUUCACUUGGGAGCGGAGAAUAUUGCCGGAUGGGCAGCCGAAAAGUUCGAACAGUAUGGCAAGACCUUCCGUUUUUGGAUCUUGGGGGAGUCCCUGAUCUACACAAAGGACCUCAAGUAUUUUGAGACCAUCUUGACCAGUACCACACUCCUGGAAAAAGGACAACUGUACGAAUAUCUACGACCGCUCCUAAACGAUGGGCUUCUUGUUAGCACGGGUCGAAAAUGGCAUGCCAGGAGGAAGAUUUUCACCCAGGCAUUUCACUUCAAGGUCCUUGAACACUAUGUGGAGAUCAUGGAUCGAAAUAGUGCGGUCAUGGUGGACAAUCUGAGGAAGGUGGCCGAUGGUAAAUCAGUGGUGGAUAUGCUCAAGUAUGUGUCGCUGGCAGCUCUUGACGUGAUAACGGAGUCUGCCAUGGGAGUGAAGGUGAAUGCCCAGAACGACCCCGACUUUCCGUACAUCAAGGCGCUGAAGAGGUGGGCAUUGCACAUAAUAAACUCAAAUUCUGAUAAAACUGUCCCCACUUCCACUACUUUUAGUGUGGUCUAUAUCCAACCGGAUCGCAUGUUCAGGCUCUCGAGGCGCUACAACUGGCUGUUCCCGCUGGCGGCACCUUUGCUGCACCGCCAACUGCUGAGCGAUAUCCGCGUCAUGCACGACUUCACCGACAAGGUCAUCAGCGAGCGGCGAGAAACCGUGCGGCGGGCUAUUGCCGACGGCACCUACCGACCGCUGAGUCUGGGCGAUGACGAGAUCGGUAACAAGUCGCAGAUGGCUCUACUGGACAUCCUGCUGCAGUCGAGCAUCAACAAUCAGCCCCUGUCCGACGCGGACAUACGGGAGGAGGUCGACACCUUCAUGUUCGAGGGCGAUGACACCACCAGCAGUGGUGUGUCCCACGCCCUCUACGCCAUCGCCAGGCAUCCCGAGGUUCAGCAGCGCAUCUACGAGGAGUUGCAGCGCGUCCUGGGCCCGGAUCCCUCUGCUCCAGUGACCCAAGCCCAGCUACAGGACCUGAAGUACCUGGAUUGCGUGAUCAAGGAGACCAUGCGACUGUAUCCGCCAGUUCCGGCUAUUGGUAGGCACGCGCAGCAGGAGCUGAAGAUCGGGAACAAGACCAUUCCCGCCAAUACAAGCAUCUACCUAGUUCUCUACUUCGCCCAUCGGGAUCCCGAUUACUUCCCAGACCCACUCAGCUUCAAGCCCGAGCGAUUCUUGGAGGGUAGCGAGCAGGGCCACGAUACCUUUGCCUAUGUGCCCUUCAGUGCGGGACCCAAGAACUGCAUUGGCCAGAAGUUUGCCGUUCUGGAAAUGAAAGCCCUGAUCAGCAAGGUCCUCAGGUUCUAUGAACUGCUGCCUCUUGGAGAGGAGCUGAAGCCCAUGUUGAACUUCAUCCUGCGCUCAGCUUCGGGCAUAAAUGUGGGUCUAAGGCCCAGAAAGUCGUAUUCGGGACUAAUCCGCGCAUUUAAUCACUCCCAAAAGGUCAUCACAACAGUAGCAAACAUGUGGCUAGCCUUGAUCACGGCAACUCUGAUCUUGCUCCUCACCUGGGACGUUGGACGCAAGCACCAACGAGUGCUCGCCUUCAAGAAGUCAGGGAUCGCAGGACCCAUUUCUAUUCCAAUCCUGGGCUGUGGUGUCCAGGCACUUCACUUGGGAGCGGAGAAUAUUAUCGGAUGGGUGGGCGAAAAGUUUGACCAGUAUGGGAAGACCUUCCGUUUUUGGAUCUUGGGGGAGUCCCUGAUCUACACGAAGGACCUCAAGUAUUUUGAGACCAUCUUGAGCAGUACCACACUCCUGGAAAAAGGACAACUCUACCAAUAUCUACGACCGUUCCUAAACGAUGGGCUUCUUGUUAGCACGGGUCGAAAAUGGCAUGCCAGGAGGAAGAUUUUCACCCAGGCAUUUCACUUCAAGGUCCUUGAACACUAUGUGGAGAUCAUGGAUCGAAAUAGUGCGGUCAUGGUGGACAAUCUGAGGAAGGUGGCCGAUGGUAAAUCAGUGGUGGAUAUGCUCAAGUAUGUGUCGCUGGCAGCUCUUGACGUGAUAACGGAGGCUGCCAUGGGAGUGCAGGUGAAUGCCCAGAAGGACCCCGAUUUUCCCUACGUCAAGGCGCUGAAGAGUGUGGUCUAUAUCCAACCGGAUCGCAUGUUCAGGUUCUCGAGGCGCUACAACUGGCUGUUCCCGCUGGCGGCACCUUUGCUGCACCGCCAACUGCUGAGCGAUAUCCGCGUCAUGCACGACUUCACCGACAAGGUCAUCAGCGAGCGGCGAGAAACCGUGCGGCGGGCUAUUGCCGACGGCACCUACCGACCGCUGAGUCUGGGCGAUGACGAGAUCGGUAGCAAGUCGCAGAUGGCUCUACUGGACAUCCUGCUGCAGUCGAGCAUCAACAAUCAGCCCCUGUCCGAUGCGGACAUACGCGAGGAGGUCGACACCUUCAUGUUCGAGGGCGAUGACACCACCAGCAGUGGUGUGUCCCACGCCCUCUACGCCAUCGCCAGGCAUCCCGAGGUUCAGCAGCGCAUCUACGAGGAGUUGCAGCGCGUCCUGGGCCCGGAUCCCUCUGCUCCAGUGACCCAAGCCCAGCUACAGGACCUGAAGUACCUGGAUUGCGUGAUCAAGGAGACCAUGCGACUGUAUCCGCCAGUUCCGGCUAUUGGUAGGCACGCGCAGCAGGAGCUGAAGAUCGGGAACAAGACCAUUCCCGCCAAUACAAGCAUCUACCUAGUUCUCUACUUCGCCCAUCGGGAUCCCGAUUACUUCCCAGACCCACUCAGCUUCAAGCCCGAGCGAUUCUUGGAGGGUAGCGAGCAGGGCCACGAUACCUUUGCCUAUGUGCCCUUCAGUGCGGGACCCAAGAACUGCAUUGGCCAGAAGUUUGCCGUUCUGGAAAUGAAAGCCCUGAUCAGCAAGGUCCUCAGGUUCUAUGAACUGCUGCCUCUUGGAGAGGAGCUGAAGCCCAUGUUGAACUUCAUCCUGCGCUCAGCUUCGGGCAUAAAUGUGGGUCUAAGGCCCAGAAAGUCGUAGGACCAUUCAUGUUUCUAAUGGCAUUGGGAUUUUGGUUAAAGGUAACUGGGAUGUU